UAAAAAAAAUAUUCACCGCGAUUCUUCAAUAUGUCUGCGCCCAGUGUCCACCCACUUAUUUAGAUAAAUUUGUGAAGAAAAAUGCAAUGGUUAAGGCAGAGCCAUGGUUUGACAUUGGCUGUGAUGGCAGGAGUAAUGGCUUCCUUGGGAUCAACAUUUGCCAAGUUGGCUAUGAGUGGAGAUAUUGUACUGUCUUAUUGUCUACUCUUAGCAGGAAAUGACAAGUGUCAACAGAUAAGUGUGUACAUACAAGUGCUAUUUUUCCUGAUGAUAUUUGUAUGUAAUGGAGUGAUGUGGACAUUCUUUACCAAGUCUUUACAGUACUGUUCAUCAUCAGUGGAGGCUACUGUCACUAAUACAGCUUCUAAUUUCCUUUUCACAGCAUUUGUAGGUCUGUUGUUAUUUGAUGAGACUUUGUCAUUGCGAUGGUGGUUUGGAUCUCUAUUAAUCCUGGUAGGACUGAUACUGAUAAACAGAGGAAAUCUGAAGGACGAACUCAGGAAAGCAGAUAAAAAAACUGAGUAGUUUAAGGAUGUUUCAUGAUUGUUACCAAUGACAAGAAACAGAAGAUUAGUCAGUCUUCUGCAGUAUGAUCACUAGAUGGAUGACAUAAGAAACAAGGCUAAUGAUCUGCAGUCCCUGAUGUCCAAAUGACAGGAUGGAGACCUUUGGACCAUGAAACAUGGUUAUUAUUAACAUGAUUAUGAUUCUACACAUGCAGAGUAAUAAUUGGUGUUGAACUCGAUGGCAGAAAAAAUACAGAACUUAAAUUGUUGCCAUGUAAA